AUGGAGUUCCCGCAGCUUAAAGCGUGGCUGCGAUUACCUGUACUCUCAAUCUACGACAUAAAGUUUUACCCGUACACUGCGCCGGGUGAAGAUCCCGUCUUUGCCGCUGUGGCAGCAAGAGAAAUUUACAUAUGCAAGCCUGUCGGCAAGUCUGCUAACUCCAAGACUAAUAAUUUGGAGGUCCUGAGAUUGCUUGAGGACCCUGAUGAAGACUCGUCUCUCAACAGUGUUGCAUGGUCAGUAGAUGCCGAUACUGGCGAGCCUCUUGUUUGUGUCGCUGGUUCCGGAUCGAAGAACAUCAAAAUCUGGAACGUCGUCACAGGGGAGUUGGUUCGGAUUCUCUAUGGACACGGAGGUGCCGUCAACGAUUUGGUAACAUCGCCAGUUUCGCCCUACAUUCUCGCAUCGUGUUCGGCCGACUACACGAUUCGAAUAUGGAAUCUGGAUGAUCAGUAUCGCAGGCAGCCAUGCGCAGCGAUUCUCUCGGGGGAGGGUCAUAGGCAGACAAUCCUCUCUAUCGCUUUCCAUGACAACGGUAGGUGGCUUUUGAGCGGUGGACAGGAUACGAUGAUCUGCUUGUGGAGCAUCCCACCCGUGCCAGACCAUAACGCAGGAAAAGACAAGCCGACAGUAGUGGUCUAUCCUCACUUUGCCAGUAUCGGAAUGCAUUCAGAUUAUGUAGACUGUGUCCGGUUCUGGGGUGACCUGGUUCUCUCCAAAGCGUCCACCGGAAACAACAUAAAAGUCACCAGAGGCGAAAUCAUGCUGUGGAAGAUUGACGGCUUUCAUUCGGGCAAUACUCAACCACCAGAACCACCUAUGCCUGGUUAUGGGCGAGCCACACGAUCUGCCUUCGGUGGUGAUUUCCAACGACUGUGCACCUUCGACAUGACGAACGUGGCACCCUUCUACAUGCGCUUCGGUUUGUUCAAGGAACCCGGCUAUCGUCCCAUGCUCGUCAUGGGCAAUACCAAGGCCCGAUUCUCAUUCUGGGAUUUGCAGAGGUUCGAGGAGCGUUGGACCAGCAAUAAAUUGGUCCCUAUUGUUGACGAUAAGAAGCGGAUCAGAGAUCUUAUCGAUGAAGUUAAAAGCAAGAAGGACAUCGUCUCACAAGUUUCCGCUAACGGUACACGAGCCAGUAGUGCUCCUGAUAGUGAUGCUGGCAAUAUUGUCAAAAACAACAAGCGGAAAAGAGGUCUCACAGAACUGGUCCUACUCAACAAUACAACACGAGCUAGGAGCAUUGCGAGCGACUCCACGAGAGCAAGCAGCCGUGCGAGCAGGCCUUCAGGAGUAUCACUCGUGCCCCGUAACUCGCUGCUUCCCGCGCGUGCCCCCACAUCAGCUCCUGGCGCGACGCCCGCGAUUCUAGAUACAGCAUCUGAGAACGAAACUGACGAGCCGGAGAAACCUCCACGCGACAUGAGAAACUACGUUCGACACACCGCUCAUAAGACGACGGUGGUCGCUUGUCCCAUCGAUUUUGCGUGCAGAGCAGUGGAUUGGAGUCUCGAUGGCAAGUGGUGCGUUGGAGUCGGCGAUCAUGGCAUGAUUGCCAUAUUCGGGCGCUGGUUGGACAAAUGA